GCAUGCAGAUGCAACGCAAAGCAAUGAUGUAUUCGUAUUUUGUAGUGCUUGUAUUGACAGUUUUUGUAAAUUCAGUUGUUUGUUCGACAGAUGUCUUUUGUUUAUAAAUAAUGAGAGAGAUACCAUUUUGGCAUUUGGUAGUUCUGACUUUGUAUUUGAAUGAAUGUUGAAUUAUCUCUUGUAGCUAAGUCGUAAUACUCGUAGUUGAAUUUCUUAUUUUCGAUUCUAUUUUAAUAUAGACAAAGGAAGACUUAUUAAUUAACUUAUUGUCCUCAAAUUUUUUCCUGCCUAAGCCUCGGAACAGAAGUUAUAUAAAAUCUGCAUUCAAUAACAUGCAGAUUUUAUGAAGUCUGUUUUUAUUCACGAUAUCAUGAUACACAACUCACGUCAUAAAAUAGAGUUGUCUCGAGUUUUUCUUGAAGAUGAAGCACAGAUAAAUAAAAAACUACCGAAAGAACUUCUUUUAAGGAUUUUUUCUUACCUGGAUGUAGUUUCAUUAUGCCGCUGUGCCCAAGUAUCCCGUGCCUGGAAUAUACUUGCUCUUGAUGGCAGCAACUGGCAGAGGAUUGAUCUUUUUGACUUCCAAACUGAUGUAGAAGGACCUGUGAUAGAGAAUAUUUCUCGAAGAUGUGGCGGCUUCCUGAGAAAGCUGUCGCUCCAUGGAUGCCAGUCAAUCGCCGAUGGAUCGAUGAAGACGUUGGCUCAACUCUGCUCCAAUGUAGAAGAUCUCAACUUAAACCAAUGCAAGAACCUAACUGACAGCACAUGUCAAUCGCUGAGCAAACACUGCCCAAAGCUGCAGAAGCUAGACCUGGGUUCAUGCUGUGCCAUCACAGAUUUGUCUCUAAAGGCUCUCGCAGAUGGCUGCCCUCAACUGACUCAUCUCAACAUCUCAUGGUGUGAAAACAUCACAGAGUGUGGUGUAGAAGCAUUAGCUCGGGGAUGUAAAAAGCUGAAGUCUUUUAACUCAACUGGUUGCCUACAAAUCACUGACAAAGCCAUCAGCUGUUUGGCCCAGAAAUGCCACGGACUGCAGGUGGUGAACCUGAAGGGCUGUAUUAAUAUAGAAGACAAGUCGAUAACAUGGCUGGCCGAGUGUUGUCCUCAACUACACUACCUGUGCCUAUCUGGCUGCUCACAUUUGACAGACACUGCACUCAUAGUCCUAGCUCAGUACAGUCAUCAACUGAGCACUCUGGAGGUGGCUGGAUGCUCACAAUUCACUGACACUGGCUUCCAAGCUCUAGCUAGGAAUUGUAGACUGCUUGAGAAGAUGGACUUAGAAGAGUGUGUGCUCAUUACAGAUGCAACCCUUAUUCAUCUUGCAAUGGGAUGUCCUCGACUGGAGAAACUGUCUCUUUCGCACUGUGAGCUGAUCACUGAUGAAGGUAUACGUCACCUGGGAACUUCUCCGUGUGCUGCUGAGCAUCUCACAGUGUUGGAACUGGACAAUUGUCCUCUCAUAACUGACGCGUCCUUAGAACAUCUCAUAUCCUGCCACAACCUCCAACGUAUAGAGCUGUACGACUGUCAACUCAUCACACGCGCUGGCAUCAGAAGGCUCAGAGUAAGAUAUUUAAAUCUUUCUCAAGGUUAUACAGGGUGUCCCAAUCACUUGCCUAACAUUAAAGUCCACGCUUACUUUGCACCUGUAACUCCUCCACCUUCGACCGGAGGUUCUCGACAACGCUACUGCCGCUGUUGUGUCAUUUUGUGAGACGCCCAUCAGCUCAUUCACUCCUAUAUGUGAUAAAUUUAAAUAGAGAUUGUUAUGAGAUAUACUAACCUAAUUUAUUGUUUAAUAUUUAGAGUUUAACUGUGUAAAUUGACACACUUUUAAGGAUCUUGUUGUACGUGAUGUUAUUGUCAACAUCUGUGUGCCAGAAGUUAGGAAUCGGGAAAACCAAAAUAUAACAAUGUUAUCUACUAAAGGUCUGUGGUCCAUUUUAAAUGGGUAUGGUAUGGUUUUCUCCUUUGUAGGGUCAUCAUUGCAGUGCAUCUAUUUUAUUUGUACAAAUUUAGUAUAGUUUAGCGGAUAAUAUUUGGAUAAAAUAAUAAGUUAAAAGUCUCAAGGCUACUGGUUAAACGAUUAACGAGAGAAAAGUCAAAAGUAAAAUCUGUGAUUCCCUUUGCCCCUUAUUGUGUAUUUAUUAACUUACUUUAGGGAGUUUACAUCACAGUACUUUGAGCAAGUCUAUAAAAAUAUAUUUAUUCAUGAUAUUACAAUGGCUUGGCUUCGCUAAGUUUUCAUAAAGUUGUCGGCAAGGUCAGAUUAAUUCUCACGAAAACUACAAAAAAAUUUAGGCCUACAUAUUUAGUGAACUUCUUGCAUAGGAAAUAAGCUUUUACCGUAGGUUUGACAUAUACCCAAAGCAGAUUUACUUUUCGUUUUGAUGUCCUUAGAGGCCGAAAACACCAUCCGUUCAAAUUCAUAUGUAUAUACUAAAUAAAAAAAAAAAAACUAUCUCAUACUAUCUGAAUUUUUAGGAGGGAAUAUUUAAGGUCCGUGAAGUUAGCCCCCCCCCAUAAAAGCACUAACAAUUAAACUAGUAUUAAUGGUUAGUGCUUCGUUAGUGCUGGUUAGUGCUUCAACUCCCAUCGUUAGUGCUCUUACGGUUCAGGAGCUAUAACCGAAAAACUGUGGGGGGGGCCAACUUCACGGAAGUUGGCCCCCCCCACAGUUUUUCGGUGAUUUAGACUGAAUAGGUUUUUAGAGAUAUAUAACGGUUUUAUAGACUGAUUACCAAAUGCAUCAGUCUAAAACAUCAAUCUUACUAGUUAAGUAUCAAGUAACAAUCUUUUAGACUUGUGUUAUUUUUAGAAUGAUUUUGCAGUGACACUUGUUUAGGCUAUGUUUACAGUAGUAAAACAUGUCUCACACUACUUACACUUAACAAAACUUCUCAUUAUUUGCAAUGUCAAAACAAAAAAUUAUAAAACAAUUAAAUCAAUAUUUACAAGCAAAGAACUAAUUAAAUAAGAACGCCUUCACAAAGGAAACGCAACAUCAACACUCUCCUGUAUUGCGGGUAUUGCAUUGGCUUUCUGCAGGCGUUUUUCGUAUAUGGAUACUGAAUCCAUCAUGAAUUGAAUUGUUUUUUGAUCACCACUGAAUCAAAUCGUGAUUCGAUGCAUUUUGGAUGCAUCGCACACUUUUGUUCUUUGUUGUUCUUACUAUUGACAGUGAAGGAGCAAAAUGUACUAAUGAUCGAUAAUUUGGAGCUUUCGAACUGAAUUGACAUAUUAACCAGCCAAUAAGUUCUUGGCAUUGUUGCGUACUAAUGACAUGCGAGGCUCGCACUGAAGCUGAUAACUACAUCUUAGCUGUGAGCAAUGCCGUAGCACUAAGAGAGUUAAGAUCCUUUACCUCCAUAAAACAGCCUUAUCCACUGAUAGAACAUACCAAUGUUGUACAAAGUACAGUUAAAAUAUUUGUACCGUACUGAUGUACCCUCGAAGGUCGUUGACAUGUUGGAGAUGCACUAUCCAGCACCCCAGGUUACUUAUGCUGUAGUGCCUUUAAAUAAAAUGCCUUGAUCUAAAUGGCGUAAAACAUAGCCAACCCCUUUCUCUUGGUCCUUUGUAGUUUAUUAAAUGUGUCAAAAAUUGUUGGAACUGCAUUUUUCUGAUUUUAAGUUAUGAUAUUAUUUUCAAAGAAAAAUAGGCCUAUUUGAGUUUUAUUAUUGUGAAAUAUGUUCAGACAUGUACCAACAGAUUGAUAAUUAUUUUCUUACAGUUAAAAUUAUUGUGCUAAUGUGGUAAAGUUAUUGCUGAUGUGAUAUGAUCCACUCAGCUCUAUCAGUUAGUUGAAAGGUAUAACUUUACUUAGAACAGAAAUAAACAUGUGAUAUUUUAGUUUCUAUUC